UUACCCUUCGAUUGGUCCAAGAGCCGAACGGGGUCUUCGGCCUUGGUUGUUACCGGGAAUAAAUGCGAUUCACCCUUCGGCUAGGCUUGAGGCCGAAUAGGGUCUUCGGUCCUGGCUGUGCCCAAGAAUAAAGCGCGUUACCAUUCGACUGGGUCUAGGGCUGAAUGGUGUCUUCGGCUUUGAUGGCCGAGUAGGUGUACUACCCUUCGGGUGGUCCUGAAGCCGAAUGGGUCUUCGGCUUUGUCUUUGGUUGAGAACAUGUGCAUAUUCCGUACACUACCCCCUAAGCCGUGAAAUAGAAGAAGGGUUUUGUGUUAAGUCGUUAUCACAAGUCUGACAAGUGUGGGGAGUUGUGACCCCUCAGGUUUUGAUUUGACGUUUCUGGGGCACGCCGCCCUUAGGUUGAGCGCCUAAGUGAGUAGGGUUACAACUGGUGACAUUUCGUGUCCAGGGGCAUUAAUGAGGUGCCUCUUCAUAUUCCCUCGGGGUGUCUAUAUAUACGUCAGUGUGGAGCAGGGAAUAUGCGUUAUUUCUCUUUGACACCUUCGUCCUGAACACCUAUUACUACACCCAUUUUUUGAAUAUUAUGCGAGGUAGGUAUAGUUUUUCGUAUAAAAUGGCCAUUGAGGAGAUCGUACUAUCUUUUGGGGGUCGUCUAGUGUUAGGGGUUCGGCUGAUGGUUCCGAUGUUGAACGAUCCAAUGACUUUUCCAAGAGGCUCGGGUUGAGUGAUAGUGCUGACUUAGGGGACUCGUUCGGUUCUCCGUUACCGGAUGCCGAGAUGGGUCCCCGGGAUUAUAAGCGAAAAUUCCCUCCGUGCCAAGUUCUGAGUUAUGAGUGGGUCGACGGGGAGGUGGCGGCCUACUUCUUGCAUUUUUAUGAGAGGGUGAUCGUGGAGCGUCUAAUGGGGUAUGCUGGUUGGCGAGAUGGGAAAAUCUAGACCCCUACCCGGUGAUGUUGCAUCGAUGCCGAGCCAAGGGUCCGAGAGAGGCCGGUAUGGUGUUUCUUGCGAAGUAAAAAGACCAGGGGGACUUUUUUUAUAUGUAUAAGUGCUUGUUCAGGGAGCUCGGUGUGUCCCUUCCUUUUGAUGAUUUUCAAAUGAGUGUGCUUCGUGUGUUAAACGUUGUGUCGACCUUGCUACAUUCGAAUGCUUGGGCAGUCGUUCAGGCCUUCCGGGUGCUUUAUAAAUACCAUCACAUAGAGCCUAUCGUAGGUUUGUUUUUGCAUUUCUUUUGUACUCGUCCAUCGUCUAAGACGGUGAAGUGGCUAUCAUUAAUAAAGCACGUAGAUCGGCCUUUACUUAAACCUUUUACUUCCUCUUUCAAGGGUUUUAAGUCCGGAUAUCUAAAAGUGAUUAUAGACCUCGUAGUCGGAUGAAAUUUCUUCUAUGAUAGUGAGGGAAAUUCGUUGUUCCCCUUCUAUUGGACUCGGGAACCUCGAAAGUACGAUGAGUUCCCAGCCAAGAUGUUGAGUAUUGAGGAGGCCUCGGCGUUAGCAUACCUGAAUACCCUACCCCGAGAGAUGCCGGCUUGGUUUUUUAUUCUUUUGCCGAAAUCCCCUCGGCCUCGUUUUGACUUGGAUGGUUGGAUGGCACGAGGGCUCAGACUCUCUUAUCAACAAGCCCUAAGGAACCAGGCCCCUGCUGGGACCUCGGCCGAGGAUCAUUGGAGUGUGGCAGUAGACUAUGUACCUGUUGUGGCCGAGGCGCGUCCCCCUCCUAUGGAUGUUGGGUUGCCGGAUCCUAAUGCUAGGAAAAAGAAGGAUAAAGGCAAGUGUAAGGCUGACGUAGUGACUUCCGAUGCGCCGAGGCUUAAGCAUCAUCGGGGGAAGGGUCUUCGACGACUUGGCUAUACCCUUGGCCAUCGUGGCAAAAGAUUUCUUGUCAGCCGAGAUCUGGCCUUCGAGGAUGAUGUCGUUCGAUUUAUUGUCUGAGCAAGGUCACUUGAUGCUAGAGUCGGCAUCCCCUUCGGCUCAAUGGACAAUGGCGUGUGAAUUAUAGAUUCGGGCGACGACCAUUCUGCGAAAAGUUGCCCUAGAACCGAUGACUGAUGCCCACAACCUGCAAAAGUCUUUGGAGGAGACUAAAGUGGCCUUCCAAAAGUCGGUGGAGGCCCACGAAGUAACUUCCAACGAGAAGUUACAAUUGGAGGCUGAGGUAGCCAAACUGAAAGAAGCUCUUAGAGAUAUGGAAGGUCGAGCCUUGGAUGUUGAAGAUGUUGAAAGGAUGAGGGUGCAAGAGGUGAAAGAUAUGUUGGCUUGGGAUGAAACGGCUAAGGCUGACGCCGAAGCCUCCCUUGCCAGUUUUAAGACGGAGUGUGAAAAUAAGAUCAUCCGGGAGCAUGAGGUUGGCUUCAUGCAUGCCGUUCGCCAAACGAUGUAUUUUUGUGUCAUACCUCCCGGUUUCUCUUUUGAGCUAAGCAAGGAUUUUUACCAGGGGAAUAUAUGGACUUUGUUAACAUACCCGAGGAUGCUGAACCGGAUGAGGUGGCACCCCCCGUUCAACUGUCGUCAAGGAUCCGGGCACCACUAUGAAUGUUGACGAAGAUACUGAAGGUGACGAUAAUACUGUCAGCAGCGCCUAGGGGGUUCGGUCCCUAUUUUUUGGGUGUACAUCUAUUUUGUUUAUGAUGUAUAGCUUAAGGGUAUACUUUUUUUCACUUUUGGUCUACAUUGCGGCCAUUUUUUUAUUGUAUUUUGGGCCAUCAAUGCCAAUUUGUGAUUGUACCCUUGGAAAUUAGUGCCUUUUUAUGAAUGAAGUACUCGUAUGCUCGAAUGGUUA